CCAGGUGAGUCAUUCAAGAUGAGCACACCCUGUUACUAGAAUGCCACAGCGCACAUCGAAGACGAUUUUAAACGGAAGCUCCUGCAGGCCUGCUAAGAAUAUCAAACGGCAGAAGUCUAAGAUAGAAGACAUAGCUCCAGAACAUUUCUCCGAAGUAAUACGAUGCAUCUUAGUCAUCCUUAAGAUAUGAAAUUGCCAAAUAGCAGUAUCAUCCCGGAUCGAUCCUAAAACGUCGCGACGCCCAGAGCGUCGCAAAAUUUCAUCCGAAAAGUACCAUCAAGACACACCUGAAAUCUGCGCAUUUCCUCUAAAGGACAAAAAACCCUCUGACGAGUGUUUUUCAAGCUUGUUUUUUCGCCACGUGAUAAACAACAACGGCAUAAAGUUAAAGUGCAAGAGCUUAAUGAAGAAAUCCGAUUGUGCGUCCGAGUGGUGAGAAAAGCUGCCGUAACUGGCUCUUCCUCUACCCUACCACCGAACCUUCAAUGGAGCUUGCGCAGAGCUUUGGCAAGGCGCGUCCUGGCUACAUCCGGAACGUCUACGCGUACUCGUCUCGGAGCUUUCGAGCGGGCUCGUACGCGUUACACGUUACAACCGUUCCAAAUAAUUGCUGGCUAGAUUAAUAAGAAAUAAUAAUACAAGAGAGUACACGAGAAAGCUCUGGGCUCGUGUUUACCUCCAAUCUGGAUAGUAUCGUCCUAGAAGAAGCCUUUAAAUAUUAUAUUCAACCAGUAAAGCUUCGAUGCUGGGUACACGAUGGUGGUGUGAUUGGAAAUUGAAGGAGAAAAGAAAAAUAAUGUGAUUCAGCUUUGCUCCUGAACCUCCAGAUAACGUUCUGAAGGAGUGCGUACCUCACAUAAAGCCUGCGGAAAAAGAAAACCCGUCGUUCGAAGAAGGUCGAAGAAUUUCAACAAGACUAAACAAACGUACAACUAAAAUACCACGUAUCUCUGUAUAAGACGCGAACACGCUGUACCGACUUUUGUUUCUCCUAAGACUUGUCGCUCUAUUAAAAACAAAAACGAUAAAUAGACGACAACGGUAUAAAAAAAAAAAGAGAACAAAACAACAACAAGGACGUUUACGUCCACUGCGAGGGUACCGUGUAUUCCCAUGGCUUGAAGGGACCCAUUUCAUUUUCACUUCGUCGAAGACAUCACUAAGCGCGAUACAGGAUGCACGCGGUUGGAUUGCACUCGGCGCUGGCUAUCAAGCGUCAAAGAAAGCGUCGGGACGAGCAGCGUCGCGCGCGCGAGCGUCGUUUCAGCACCCAGUCCUGCGAGAGCGGCUUGACGUCGCCGAGGGCGUCUACGGGUUCCUUGGAUCACCAUCCGCGUCAUCACCAUGCGGCGCAUCCGCACCACGCGGCCGGCGAGGGCAUGCUGGACUCGAAGGUGGUCACGUCGAUCGGGAUGCUCCACAUCGGCGUCGUCUUCCUGGUGCUGGGUGCCUUCCUAUUGGCCAGUGGAUUGCUUCCGGGUGACCUGGCCUCCUUCGGUACCAAGGCUUCCGGGGGCUGGUGGAACGAGCUCAUAGCUACGGGACUCUUCGCCAUCCUGGUCGGGGUCUUCCUGAUAGUCCUGAACAAGAUCAUCGCCCGCAAGGAGGAAACAGACCUCGAGGAGUACGUUCAGCGUCAGCUGACGAGGUCCAGGUCGGGUCAUCGCUUAGAGCGCGACGUGGAGACCGGAUGUCUUACCACCAGACACGCCAGGAGGGCCAAGCAACUUCAGCAGGCUGCGUCCUCGGCAUCCUUGACCGGCCAGGAUGAAAAGAGUCUCGACGGGUCGCUCCCACGUUCCCCGCCGCCGGCUUAUUCCCUACCCGACGCAGACUCCUCGGCCGGCGCCGACCCCCAGCUGGCGCCACCAGCCCUCUUCCUCGAGCAGAUCACCGAGGAGGAGAUCGCCUGCGAACGCAUGGAGACCUCCACCACGGACAGUCUCAGCCCUGGCUCACCCAGUGAGACCAGGGAACUCAUCCAAGCCGAUCCGAAUAGCUUUUACAAGCAGAAUGGGAAUCAUCAUCAGCCCCAUCAGGCCCAGCAGCACAGAUCCGUAUUCGUUCACGUCUCAAGGAUCUAGGAUCUGGGCUCGGGUGUCCGGUCGUUUAUGGAUUUGAUUUAUGCCUCGUGAUUUAUUCUCGGGCUGCAUUAUUAUUACAAUUAUACGAAAGUGAUAUGGCACACUUGUGAUUGUCGAGAUGAGCUUCUUAUUUCAUCGGAUGCGCUCACGUUUUGCCCUCAUUUUAAUAACCGAUCUAAUUCGAUCGCUGGAUCAACUUUCACUUACGGGAGUCUUGCUUAUGGAUUGAUGACGUAGAUGAAUCUAGUGAAUUCGGACCUGAUCUCGUGCUACGGUAUUAUCAGCUCAUUUUAUUGAAAUUAUCAAGUCAUGGCAGCCUCUAUGGAUACGAUAAUGAUCGAUGACCUUUGACAUUCCUAUUAAUUGGGAUCUCUUUUCUAAUUGGUAUUAGCCACUGUGGGGCAAUAUUAUUAUUAUUAUUACGAAUAUUACUGCUACUACCGUUACUAUUACCACUACGUCCUUCAUUUGCUAUCGUCCGGUGAUAUCCUCACGUUAAAAUCAUUAUUUUAAGGGAUAAUCUUGGAGACGAGCAAAGAAAAAUGUCCUUCUAAUUAAUUAAUUAAGCGCGUAAUUAAUACUCGGUAUAAUUAACUUAUCCGCGGAGUAAAUAAUUGCUGAUAGCCUUUAAGGAUAUUAAUUGGGUAAUUGGAAAGUCGCCAGGCUGUAUUUGACGAAUUAUAAAAAUAAUAAUAAUAAUAAUCAUUCCAUUGCUGUAACGUCAUUUUAUCGCGUAUAUAUAAUUAUCACGUUAAGGGCAAACCGAUAAUGACUUCGUCCUGCAACUAAAUGACACGUGCAAUUUUAUCGAUGGAAUUACAAGGACCAAUGAUAAGUCGGUGUAGUUGAUUGAUCUAUGUGAAUUAAGAGGGGGGGAAAAAUAAUCGGUGAAAUAAAUGUGGCAAUUCGAUGAUUAUACGUACACGUACGUAAAUAUAGAUAUACGUAUUAAUGACUCGGAUUUUUGCAAAUUAUCAAUCCUAAGCUAUCAAUUAGGAUGUUCUUAACUAUUUGUAUAUCUUAAUGAUCGAUUAGCAUACGUAACUAUGUGUGUGAGGAAUGGUCGUAUGCGUUGCCAAAUACCGUACCGUGUACACUCUCGCUAUAUCCUGUCUGGGAUAAGAAGCUGCAGGAUCAAAGAAGCAACAAAUGUCUUUAAUGGAAUUGGGGUACCGAGAAAAAUAUUUAUAACGAUAAUUGAUUUAAAAAAAGGCUUUGAGAUGUUUUGCUUUUAGAAAUUUUCAAGCAUACGAUUAUAAUAUCUUACGUGAGUAUUUAAUGCGUGAGUACGGAAAAAGGCAAGAGAACAUUUUUUUGUAACUUUGAUCUUGUAGAUAACUUAUCGAUCAGCCAUCUUCAAUUGUCGAUUAAUGAUAGCAAGGUAGUCAUUAAUUUUGAUGCACAUAUAUAAUAUGUGUGCUAAAAUUAAUACAUAUAUAUAUAUAUAUAUAUAUAAAUUUGGUAAUGGCAUACUUUGAAGACGAUUUCUUUUACGAACACGCUUAUUCGAGGUCAUAUUUUGGGGUCCGACCUCAAAGUUUUUCCAGCGUAAUGACUGUUUCGAGGACCAUAAAGGUGACUCUAACACCGAAUUUGUUUAUAUUUUUUUUAUUGUUAAUAAAAUUGUUUAUAUUUUUAGGUUAGGUUAGGUUAGUUUAGCAUAGAAUUCCAAUGCUGUCGCACCGCAAGGUUUUAGUUUUUUUUUUUUUUAAAAAAAACAUUAUCUUGCAAUUUUGACCCUCUAAUGCUUCGGGUUCCCAAAGUAUCCCGUGGACCUAUUUAUACAUAUACAUAUACGAUAUUUAAAUUUUAUAAUACCUCUUGUACUUAUCUUACGUAAACUAUCAUUAGCGCCUAGCUUUAGAUAUUAGUUUCGGAAUUUUCGAAGACGACCGGGUCGCUCGAUGGGGGAUGGAAAGAUUGUAGAAAAUGAGUGAGUUUUUUUUCUAAAAAAAAAUCACUAGCAUUACGCUUACAUAUCACGGGAGGUUCGCCGCUUUUGCGAUUUGGCGUUUAACUGAUAUAGCACAAAGAUUUUUUAUUGUCAAUCAGCCGAGGUGGAAAAGUGACCUAGUACUUUUUCGAAAAUACCUCUAGAUUGUAAUUGAGAUAAAAAUUGCCACGCUCGGGCGCUACCAUUCUGUGAUCCAAAUGAUGAUUGACUGAUUGGUCGAUCGAUCGAUCGAUCGAUUUACAUCGAUCCGAAAGAAUGAUUAUUGAACCAGUGAUGUGAAACUGCUGAAAUAUCUUUAUUCUGUAUGAAAUGUGACUUUUUAAUAUUCGUAAAAUUAUUAAAGCGAAAUAAUGACGAGCACGCGUAAUAUUGAGGAUCGAUCGACAUUUUCCGCGAAUGCCAUUACGAAUAAGGGGGGAUUCGGGACCGGGGAAGAUGAGACGGAUCUGGGAACUAAUAAUUAAUUGCAUAAAGAAAAGAGGUGAGGAAGUGACAAAGAAAAUUUGCAUUAAUGGAAACUAUCAGCCAGGUACCAUUAUUGCAUGUGAAUAUGUUCGUGAACGAUUAAUAAGAAAAUAAAAAUUAUUAACAUCUUUUCCCGAUUUUACGUUACGACCGUAUUUCCAUUGCGCGACAAAGUGCCUUCUUAUGCACGAUCGCGUGAAAGACGUAAAAAAAUUUUAUACUUUGGAUAACGUAAAAAAAAAAAACCUUCGCACUGGAAAUUUUGAAGAAUUCACUAAAUCGUCAUUCAAUUUGAAAUACGUAACUUACGUACGCUUGGACGUUCGGUACUUUCUGUUUGGAUAAGGCGCGUAAUUUGAAUUUGCGGAAUCGAAUUUAUAAAAAAUAAUUGCGUGACGACACACGGUCGUGCCUCGCGGCAAAUUUGUUUGCCCCUAUAUACCGGAAGACUCGAUUUUUCAUUUUUUUUUUGGUCAAAAUAAUUGCACAUAAAAUUGCCUUAUAAUUUUAGUUUAGUUUUUCACCUAUUUUCUAUAAUUACAGGUUCCUUCGACACGACGAUUAACCGUCGUUUGCUGUAAUAAAUUUCCGUACGUUAUACGUAAUUCACAAUUUACAUUGAAACGAAAUUGUUCACGAAAAAUAAUAAGUCACCCUUACUUUUACUUAUGUAUACACUGAAAUCAAUAAACCGAAUACAGUCGCAAGAUAAAGAAAAAAGAAAAUGGUAAAAUUAGUGAAUUUGAGAGUAGGACGUAAUAAACGAGAAAAUGUCGAGGGAAGCUCGAUGUAAAUUUUAAACGCGAUUAGAGAAAAGCUUCGAUAGCUCGAAUCGCGAGAAAAAGAAGCCGCAUUAAAAUAAGUGAUAAUAAAAAUGAGAUAAUCGUGAGAAUUAAAGAUGCAGGAUUGAAUAAAUCGUCUACGAGUGUCUGUGUGUAUGCGUGUGUCGCUAUUAAGAAAUAUCUUUAAAAAAUCAAAAAAAAAAAAUGAAACGCUUCAAAAAUCCACCUGGUGGUCACCUAUUUACGAAACUUCCAUUUGAUUUUCCCGCCCUUGGGAGACCAUGCGCUUGCUCGAUGCGCAGUCGUCGAUUUAACGUACCGUGUACAUAUAUACGUGCAUACCAUACAGCUGACAAAGACAAAACAUCUAUUUACACGAACCGAAAAGAAAUUUGGGCAGGAGUUAGAAUUAAAAUGACAAUUUUAAAUACGAGAAUGACAACAAGAUGACUUUCUACGUUUAAAAGCAUACAUUCCGUAAGAACGAAUGAUUUCGGACUGCCGGAACUCUAAGGGCUCGUUCAGGCCAAUUCCAGUGAACAGCGAGCAGCGACCAAUGGUAAAGACGCUUUAGGCCCGAUGCAUGACGUCACAGCCCGAUCCUGUGUCCCCAUUGGUCGCUGCCUGCUGCCUUUGGUCUGUAAAUCUCUUAAGAGAAUAUUCACAGAAAAUAAAAUUAAUAUUAAGACGAAAGAAACGACAUUGACAUUCCAUAAGUAGGUAAUACGCAAGCGAAAUAUUGUACUUUUUUUUCAAAUUUCUAUUUUUCAUCAGAUUUCUAUUUCGUCGUUGUGCACAUGCUAUCUUAUUGUAACUAUAAAAAAAAA